CCUUCCAUCCAAAGCCUCUCUGUCCUCUUCCAUAUCACUCACAGCCUGGCAUCUGACAGCAACAAACCUGCAGCUUUCUGCACACACACACAUACACACACACACACACACACCAAUCCGCCAUACAGAUCUACCAGGAGGAGGAGGAGGAGGAAAGGAGAGGCAAGGGAGGAAGCAGCAAGCCCCAAAAUCUUUCCAGAGCUGCCUUUUUAAUAUAUAUAAAAUCUAUUUUGUUAUUUAUUUAUUCCUAUUUGCUGGCACUGUGGGUUCCUUUCAUUUGCUCCUGGUCUCGGAUGUUUGACUCAAAGCAAAGCAAGUGUUGCAACAGUGAAAUAAUACUAACCUAGAUCUCUGUAAAAUAAAAUAAAAAACCCAACGGGUUCCUAGCAGUUAAGUGAACAGAAGGGGGGGCUUGGCUGGAGGGGGCAUUUGGGGGAACCAGCUGAGAGGGAGCCAGAGAAAGCCAGAGAAACAAGACACACGAGCUUCCAAGGGUUCUUGGAUCUGGGGACAGAAGUGAGAUUGGAGAAAGUAGAGCGAUGCCAAGGAGGAAACAACAAGCACCCAAGCGGGCUGCAGGUUACGUCCAAGAGGAAGACAUAAAGGAGGAGGAAGAAGAUGAUGAUGACAGUAAUUCAACCGCUCAACUUCACGGCAGCAAUGACACUGGCACAGAUGAAGAACACGAAGUGGGUCCUGAGCAAAAAGGAAGCUUUAGCUACCAGAAUUCUCCAGUAAGUCAUACAUCAAACCAAGAUGCAGAAAAUGAUUCCCUCUUAAGUGAUGCUAGUGACCCGGUGGCAGAUACUAAAAGCAUUUGCUGUAGAGAGGUGCAGGAUCUGAAAACCAAUGCCCGCCCCAAACCUCAGAAUGAAGCACAUAAUUGCAUGGAUAAAAUGACAGCAGUCUAUGCUAACAUACUGUCAGACUCUUAUUGGACAGGCUUAGGACUAGGUCUUAAGUUGUCUAACUCUGAGAGAAGGGGCUGUGACAAUAGAAAUGGAGGUAACAAAAGUGACUUUGAUUGGCACCAAGAUGCAUUGUCAAAAAGCUUACAACAGAGUUUACCUUCCAGACCAGUCACCAAACCAAACCUUUUCAGUUCAGUCCAGCUCUACAGACAAAGCAGCAAAAUGUGUGGAACUGUAUUCACGGGUGCUAGCAGGUUUAGAUGCAGGCAAUGCAGUGCUGCCUAUGACACCUUGGUAGAGCUAACAGUCCAUAUGAAUGAAACCGGUCAUUACCAAGAUGACAACCGUAAAAAAGACAAGCACAGACCUACUAGCUACUCAAAGCCCCGAAAAAGGGCCUUUCAGGACAUGGACAAGGAAGAUGCACAAAAAGUUUUAAAGUGCAUGUUCUGUGGUGACUCUUUUGAUUCUCUUCAAGAUCUGAGUGUUCAUAUGAUAAAAACAAAACAUUACCAAAAAGUGCCUUUGAAGGAGCCGGUACCUACCAUUUCUUCAAAAAUGGUCACUCCAGCAAAGAAACGUGUGUUUGAUGUUAACAGACCUUGCUCCCCAGAUUCCACAACAGGAUCUUUCGCAGAUACGUUUUCUUCUCAGAAGAAUGCAAACUUGCAGUUGUCAUCUAACAACCGCUAUGGCUAUCAAAAUGGAGCCAGCUACACAUGGCAGUUUGAGGCGUGUAAAUCCCAGAUUUUGAAGUGUAUGGAAUGUGGAAGUUCACAUGACACCUUGCAGCAACUCACCACUCAUAUGAUGGUUACGGGUCAUUUCUUGAAAGUCACAAGCUCAGCUUCAAAGAAAGGAAAACAACUUGUAUUAGAUCCUUUGGCUGUGGAGAAAAUGCAGUCACUGUCUGAGGCACCAGCCAAUGACACCCAGGUUUCAAAACCAUCCAGCAAUGUAUCUUCAGAUAGCAUCACUCCUGUGUCAGAGAUAAAGAAGGAAAGUAAAAAAGACAAACCUGAUGAUUCAAACAAAGAUGAGAAAGUGGUAAAAACAGAAGACUAUGAAGAUACACUUCAGAAACCAUUGGAUCCUACAAUGAAAUACCAGUAUCUUAGGGAGGAAGAUUUAGAAGAUGGUUCAAAAGGUGGAGGAGAUAUUUUAAAGUCUUUGGAAAACACUGUCACCACAGCCAUCAAUAAAGCUCAAAAUGGGGCUCCUAGCUGGAGUGCGUAUCCUAGUAUCCAUGCAGCCUAUCAACUCUCAGAAGGAGCAAAGCCUUCCUUACCAGUGGGUUCCCAAGUACUGCAAAUGAGGCCCACAAUUACCAAUAAGUUGAGACCCAUUGCUCCAAAAUGGAAAGUUAUGCCUCUGAUUCCCAGCUCAGCAAACGUGGCUCAGUGCACUCGAGUGAAGAAGGAAAUUGAUGACAAAGAAGUUGUACAAAAGGAUUACACUAAAGAGGGCAUCCAAGCAGAAACUACCUUACUCUGUCAAAGUGAAGGGGAAUCUCUCCCCAAAUCUGAGGCUUCUGUAGAGCCAAAAAAGACAGAUCCAUGUCCCUUGAAGGAGGAGGACAAUCCAAAAGAAGAUGGUGAGAAAGAAAAAGCAAAACCCAAGGAGUCAAUAGCAACUUCUCUCAGCAAUGGUUGUGUUACCACAAACCAUUCUUCUGACUUGCCUUGUGUGAAUCCACUUAGUGCCCUGCAGUCUGUAUUGAACAAUCACUUGGGCAAAGCCACUGAGCCUUUACGGCCCCAGUCCAACUCCAGCCCCAGCUCGAGCACAAUUUCUAUAUUCCACAAAUCUAACUUAAAUACCAUGGAGAAUCCAGUUUUAGCUCCGGCUCCAACUCCACCAAAGCCUGCAAGCAUCUCCAGGCGUUAUUUGUUUGAAAACAAUGAUCAACCUAUAGAUUUGACCAAAUCUAAAAGCAAGAAAGCCGAGUCAGCUCAAGCACAAUCUUGUACUUCCCCACCUCAGAAGCAUGCUCUGUCUGACAUUGCUGACAUGGUCAAAGUUCUUCCCAAAGCUACUACACCAAAACCUGCUGUAUCUUCUAGGAUCCCAUCGAUGAAAUUGGAAAUGGAUGUCCGCCGUUUUGAGGAUGUCUCAACAGAAGUCUCCACUCUGCAUAAAAGGAAGGGCAGGCAAUCAAACUGGAACCCUCAGCAUCUCCUGAUUUUGCAAGCUCAGUUUGCCUCCAGCCUUUUCCAAACAUCAGAAGGUAAAUAUUUACUAUCAGACCUAGGCCCUCAAGAACGCAUGCAGAUUUCUAAAUUUACUGGAUUGUCAAUGACCACCAUCAGCCAUUGGUUAGCAAACGUCAAGUACCAACUUAGGAAAACUGGAGGAACAAAGUUUUUGAAAAACAUGGACAAAGGACAUCCAAUCUUUUAUUGCAGUGACUGUGCAUCUCAGUUUAGAACCCCUUCUACUUAUAUUAGCCACUUAGAAUCCCAUCUAGGUUUCCAAAUGAAAGAUAUGAACAGACUGGCUGUGGAACAGCAAACCAAGGUAGAACAAGAAAUCUCCAGAGUUUCAGUUCAAAGAUCACCUGAAACGAUAGCUGGGGAAGAGGAUACAGACUCUAAGUUCAAAUGUAAGUUGUGCUGUCGGACAUUUGCAAGCAAACAUGCAGUAAAACUUCACCUAAGCAAAACACACAGCAAGUCUCCAGAGCACCAUUCACAGUUUGUAGCAGAAGUGGAUGAAGAAUAACUUUUAAGGACAAAUGCCUUAGUUCCAGCUCUCCAGCCCAGGCAUCCUGCACUGAGCCCGUCUCCACACGUCACUCCACUCCUGACAUUGAACUCCCGACAACCCGGACCAAGAAGACUGCCAAAAACACUCCAGCUAUUCUUCUUCAUCCUCACUAACAAUUUGGUAAUGAAGUAUUGAUUUCCACUCCCCUGCUUAUGGACGAUAUUAGAUUUUCAUUGAUAAACUGCACUGGGGCUGUCUAGUCUCCACUGUCCCUUUUUGCUGUCACUAAAACAAAGUGCCACUGAAGUAAGAUAAUGACUGAGAACACUGAUGUACUUAUUUCAUCCAUUUGUAAUACUUGACAGGAAAAAAAAAAAGUAUACUUCUUCAUAGUUUAAUGUCCAAGUGUGCUACACAAGAUGCCGUCACACUGGAAGCUUUGCUUUUCAUGGUAAUGUCCAUUUCCUAUUUAUAACCCCUUUGGGAUAGUUUGUCUAAAGGAAAUGUUUCUAUUCAGUGCAGCUAUUACUGUUGCACCUGGGUUGCUCAAUCCAGUCAUUGCACUAGGGAUCAAUACAUCACAGUAAGUAGAAGAAUUAUUAAGUUAAAACAGAUUCUGAGCCAAAAAAACUCUGAACAAUGUUAAUCUUCUGUGCAAGUUGUUCAAAUAAUUAUGCUUAACCAAGUUGCUGCCAAAGAUUUGUUUAAAAUGGAUUAUUUUCAGGUUGUUUUAUUCCUCAGAUAUAUUUUUUUUAAUCUCCAUUGCUGCAUAUGACAAGACAUAUGCAAUGGAGUGAUUUUUAAACAAAAGCACUAUUGUUAGAUUAUUGAGCAUAUAAAUAUAUAUAUAUAUAUGCUCAAUAAUAUAUAUAUAUAUAUAAAAGAGCCAAAUUCAUCUCCAUUACUGUCAAUGGAAUUACUUCAGAUUUAUGCUAUUGUAAAUGAGAUCAGAAUCUGGCCUUCAUACUCUCUAUUGGGCUUGUGUAUUACUGCACAGCUUACUUUGAAAUCAGCUGAAAUCUAGUGGGAUGGGAGGGGAGCACUUCAAUUUAAAAUUUGUUCCUGUAACUUUUUUCAUUAAAACUUUGAGGUCCCAAUUUUAAUUUGUGGAAUAUUCAUGCUAAUAAUGAGAUCUAAUUAAGACAUCCAUUAAAAGCCCGUUAAAGUUAAUUUAACGUAAAAAUUCCAAUAGAACUGUAUUAGAUUUUCUCCAUUAAAUUAACGUUAUGGAUUUUUAACGGAUGUCUUAAUUAUAUAUUAUUAUUAACGGGAAUACUGUAUUGCACAGAUUAAAAUCAGGUUCUAAGUCAACUCAGAAAAGGUUCCAGGAUGUUUUAAUAUUACAAAUCUCACAUUAGUGCACUGUAUGGAAAAUCAAGCUCAUCAGAUGCAGCUCUGUUUACUCUGAGCAUUUGCUGCACAAUGAAAGCAACCUGUAAUAGACAAAUUCAUCACUGCAUUUAAAGAAUGAAUUUCCUUAUUCUCAAAGGACAAAUAAGUCUGGAUCAAGAUGUACACUGCUUCUCAGUUAGAGAUGAAAGAUUUAAAGUAUGCUAGGCACAAAACUGAGAUGUGGAUCUUUCAAACAGAAGAGGGUGAGGGAUUUGCUUUUUAAUUAUUUUAGUUAGAUGAUCAAGGAAAAAAUAAAAAUUCACCAUGGCAAAAUGAAUCCAAAUAUAUUUAUAAUAGUCCUUAUUUCCUAUGCAGGAUGGGCUAUGUUGGAAAUAUUUGGGAAAUUUUGAUAUGAUCCCUAAACUCAAAAUGGUGGGGGGAGGGCUUGUUAUUUACCUCCUAGGAAAAGUGUUGCCCUUAUGCCACAUAUAAUAGCAAAUUGCUUUUUUUAUGGCAUGCAUAACGUAGAUGGGAAAAAAUAUGGCGCUUGAGGGAAGGAGGGAAAAAGUAAAUGAAGUUCCAGGAAUGUCAUUCUGAAGUAAUGAGGCAUGGACAGAAAAUAUACCCCUCACAUCAUCGGAUUGAGAUGGCAGUCGAAAUAGCUUCAUUGAAGUGUCAGCACUCAUCCAUCAAUCAAUCAUCCACAAGGAAAAAUAGCGACAGUACAACGGGGCGGCUUUUACGGGAUUUACUCAUGGGCAUAGGGAAUAGCAGCUCAAAUGUAGUUCUGACAUGAAAAGCAAGGUGCUGAUAUUAUUUUUUAUGAUGGGAGGAUCAUAAAGUGAAUUGAGAACAGUGAGGUCUGUCUUUGCUUAACCUAUUCAACUGGAAAUGAACGGAGCUCAACUGGAAAUGAACAGAGACUUCAGAUGGGUUAAGACUGAAGUAUGCACCGUGCCAAUCCCUGUCCAUUGACAACAAAAUUCUAUUAAAGUGAAAUCAAUGCAUUAGCAUUGGGCUUCUCUGAAGCUGUUAAAUUGCACAGUCCAGAUCAGGGUUAUUAAAUGAAGUUAUGUAAGGAGAGGGGGGUAGUCCCUGCAGUGUGAGUCCAGCAGGACCAUCAAAUUCCACUUUGGGGAAACAAGGAUAUUUCCAGCACUAAGAAUUUUUUUCUUUUUUUUUUUAAUUAAUCAAUCAAUGCAGCCAUCCAUUUUGUGACAUAAAUUACAUUACUAAAUAUUAGGAGCUGGGGCCUGAUCCUGUUCCCACUGCACUCAACUGGCAAAACUCCUAGUGACUUCUGACAGGCCUGAUCCUCUCUUCACUGAAGCCAGUGGACAUUUUGCCAUUGAGUCUCACAGAAACAGGCUUUAUAUAUGCAACGUUUUUGCUGCCCUCCUUUCCCCCCCCCCCUCCCAGUCUGUCAUGCCUGGACUACCCUCCUUCCCUCCAGCAGACCUUAGCCUUCAGCAAGGAGACAUGUAAAAUGAGGCAUCUGUAGCAACCAAGUAAUAUAACAUGCACUCUAAUAUAAAUUAGGCUGACAUACAAUCAUGUUGGGACCAAUAGGUGCUAAUAGAAAAGAAAAGUCACCGCUUUCUCUAGUGGAAGGUCUGUGUUCUCUUUUCUACAGGGUGCAUGCACCCUCUCCUUGUUUUAUUUAUUUAAUUUAUCUUUAUGGUCAGUAACAGGUUGCUAAGGGUAUGAAAAGAUUUUAAAAUGCCUGUGGGGAAUUCGGGGCCAGAGAGGGAGUUUACAAGAGUAGUGCCAUCAUUCCUCAGUGCAAAUUUACAACAGCUUGACCAUGUCACAGGGACCCGAAUGAUCUGAAUCCGUCGGACCGGAUUCUCAGCUAAGAUAAAUCUCCAUAGCUCCUUAACUAUGCAAGUUUACACCAGAAGAAGAGCUGGUCUAAAGAUCACGAAAAAAGAAUCAACAACAGCCAAGAAAACAGAGCCUGAAUUAUUUCAAGAGAACUAGGUACUGCAUAGUCCCGUACUGGAACAGCUGCUUCACUUAGAAUCUGGCUACAGAUCUCUAUUACACCAUUCUAAACCGUGUUAUUUUACCUACAUUCCUGUCCUUUGGGAGAUUUUAGAUAUACUUUUUUUA